ACCCUUGAAGUCCCGAAGGUCUGAAGACAACGAAAAAAGGUCAGUGAAGGUUUGGGAGAAUAGCAAUCGACCAAGAUGGCACCAAGGGCUCUACUAUGCGUAGCUAUAGUAGCGCUAAUUCUUGGGAAUCCCGCGAAAGCUAGGAUAACUGGAAAGAGACUCAUUGAAAUAUCCGAAAAGGCAAUAGAAACUAUUUCGAUGACGGACACCGUGCUCGCGAUCAAGGCACGGACAAACUCCAUCCGAGCCUACAACCACAUGAAGCAGGGCGAAAAAGAGGAAGCUCAAAUGAGUAUGUACAGAGCGAUGUUUGGCCUUGCGGUAGUGAACGGCGCUGGCGGCCUUGUCGUACAAAACCCUAUGACUAUCACCUUUGUGAAUCAUAUGAAGAAGAAGUCUGAGUUUAAGGCCGUCACGGCCGCGUGGAAUAAGUACAACAACGUCAUUAAAGAUGAUAUAUACAGGGGCUUGAUUACCCAAGACGAGUUCUUGACCAAGACAACCAAGCUCAAGCAACAGACGAUUGACAAAUUAAAGACCGUUGUCCAAGGUCUCCCAGAGACGGAUGAAGUAGUGAAAACUUUACGCCGAGCAUCCAAGUGGGCGAAGGUCGUGAAGUAUAUAGAUUUCCUUGGGCCGUGGUUUGACGGCAUAAGUCUUGUGUUGGACAGUUGGGAUUUAUAUGAUGCUAUCAAGGAAAACAACACACCCGGAAUUGUGUCCUCUAGCCUUGGAAUAGCGUCCAGUGUCGUAGGCCUCGCGACGUUGGGCGCCGUAGCACUUGGUGUGGUAACCGGUGGAGUAGGUCUCCUUGCUCUUGGCGCUCUGAGUGUUUGUCUUGGUCUGGCGGGGACCCUGGUUGAAAUAGCGUACCAAGAGCCUUGUUGUAACUUGAACGCACAUAUACACCCGUUGGUCCAACUUCAGGAGGCUGGAAUCGAUGAGUUGGUACAUUCCAAGAAUUACCUUUUAAGUUUCCCAAAAGUGUACAGGUGUCACGAGCUCUACGAAAGCAACCCAGCUGUAAUGCAAGUGAGAGAGGGCGUUCCAUUGCGGGAUGAUCCACUCGAGAUGACACGAGGCUUGUACACUGGCUUGCCAAAAGGCACGUACAUACAGGAACGUCAUUAUACCGGAACAGCUGUAUUCAAUGGAUAUGUUCUCCUUACCGAGUCGUUUACAGGACGUGGCGCCAUGGUGGUUCUUGACACUAAACUUGUACGGGAUUCUCAGUACAAGCUUAGGGGUGCAAUAAUAAAGACAUACAGAGAUUUAAGGGCCAAAGAUUCCGACUUCGUGACGAUUGGAGACUUCUGGGAUCUUGCAGUUCGGGAGAAGUUGAUCGUAAAAACAGGUAAUGGAAAUGAUACCAUCUACAUCAACGGUCCCAUCGGACAACCUACACGCGACUUUGGAGAAGAUACCUUGGAUGUAGAUACAUGUGACCGGUUUCCUUUUCCCGAGACUUUGAAUACUCUAUCGUUUUCAAACCUUGAGAAAGGCAGACCGUAUUCUAUAAAGGGAGCAUACUACAGCGCCCGGACCGCACAUGUCGGGCUUUGGUAUUUCCCUGGUAAUCUCCACAAGUUUGGUAAAAUAAAGCCGAUCAAUUUGGUCAUCGGUAGCUCCUUUGAUGACGUCUUCGAGAUGAGCGGGGCAGCCUUCUACGUGGAACAGACAGAAGGAGUAAACAAGUACAUCAUAACAGUAACAGCAGUAACAACAGCGUACUAUGAAUUCUACGAAAUCGUCGAUUCAUCCGAGAUCUACAGACUUUCAGGCCAACAGCCCGAGCUUGUAGUCUGCUCCUAUGAAAGGAUUACCAUAAAUAACUUUGAGUGGACCGAUGAACAGAUCCUGAAUUUCAAAGUUAAUGUCGGCGGCAAGGACGUAAGGCGAUCUAUCCGCUUCCAGUUUCUCACAGAACCAAAAGUGUCCAUUUACUAUUCGGGUAGUAACGACUGUGUCGACAAUCUUAAAAACGCUCCUAAAAAGACCUUCAACAUGACACUGGCCAAGCAGGUCGAUAUUUCAAAUAACAACUACAUAGGAGACUUUAAUUUCAACAACGUGUUACAUGGAUAUGGGGGAGAUGACACGAUUCGCUUCCUCAAACCUGAAGUAGCCAGCCUAGUUCAAACUCCGCCAGUAUAUAUGGGCAGUGGAAAUGACACAGUGAUUCUGACAGAAGAACUAAUGAAAACAGUCAUGGAUUCAGGAGCUGCGAUGGAACUGAAGGAAGAAGACGGUAAAGACUGGCUGCUAAUCAGACAGGGCAACCCCAUGCCGGAUUAUUGGUUUGGGUUUAACUACAAGGUCGAGUUACAAGACGUGGAGAUGAUCGCGAACGAGAACAAAAAGGUACUAGUCGAUUUGAGAAAACCAGUUGAAGGCACCGUUGACUUGAAGGCGAGAUAUGAGAUGGCGAUGUUAAAUGACUGGUUUCUCUGAUCACUAGUGGCCCCAUUCUUUCUGUUAGAGAAAUAAACACGUAUCAGGUCAAUCUUAUAACCCCUAAAUGUAGGCAUUUCGACUGUAACUUAGCAACAAUAGAAAUAAAAGUGCCCUACUCAUCAAAA